AUGAAUUACCAUACCCCAACCCCCAGCGCCGACCCAACUCUACACAAGCCGAGAAUCCUCUGUCUACACGGUGGUGGAACCAACGCCAGGAUCUUCCGCGCCCAAUGCCGUGUCCUCGAGCGUAGUCUGUUGCCAUAUUUCAGACUUUGCUACGCGGAAGCGCCAUUCCCUUCCAAGCCCGGUCCAGAUGUCAUCUCAGUAUACAAGAGCUGCGGUCCAUUCAAAGCCUGGCUCCACUGGAGCCCCGAAGAUCCACAUCGAGAUGCGACCAGCGCUAUCGAGCGUAUACAGUGUUCUCUUAUAGGUGCCAUAGCAGAGGAUGACGAGAAGGGCGCGACGGGCGAGUGGGUAGGACUACUAGGGUUCAGUCAGGGAGCGAAGAUAUGCGCGAGUUUGCUGUACAUGCAACAAUUCUCCCGCGACGUGUUUGGCAUCGAUACCGAUUGGCCUCAGUUUCGCUUCGCAGUACUUCUCGCCGGACGGGGACCGCUGGUGUCGUUAAUACCCGAUAUGCCCGUUCCACAUGGCCUUGUUCCUGCUUCAGCUGUUACGACUACGGCGGUCGAGGAGAAGCUACAGUUUCCCAUGCUAGAUCUGAUUAGGAUACCUACCAUUCAUUACCACGGUUUGAAGGAUCCCAAUAUUCAGUUACAUCGUCGGCUACUUCAUGAGUAUUUUGACAAGCGGUAUGUCAGAGUUCAGGAGUGGGAAGGUGGGCACCGGGUUCCGAUAAAGACAAAGGAUGUAAACCGACUUGUAGAAGAGAUCAUUGACAUGGCGAUACAAAGUAGAGCGCUGUCGCGAUUCGAUUAUGAUUACUCCAAUAUGUGA